AUGCAGGACAUUUAUGAAGACAGCGAGAUAGUGUCGAGGUGUGCGCUAGGAGUGACAGAUGGGUUCAAAGUGAAACUGGCUCUGAGCCCCUUCUUGUUUGCACUGGUGACGGACAGGCUGACAGAUGAGGUCAGGCAGGAGUCUGUGGACUAUUCAGGGAUGAAGGAAGACAUGCAGAGAGCUGGAUGUAGCAGAGCAGAUGGAGGAGGGUGCCUCAUUUUCUUUCUUCAGGUGGAAGUUCUUGAUGCCAAGACAAGGGAGCAGCUUUGUUUUCUAGACAAGGUGGAGCCCCACUCGACAGUAGGAGACAUAAAGAGCCUUUUUCACAAAUCAUAUCCUCACUGGUAUCCAGCAAGACAGGCCCUGAAGCUUGAUCCAAAGGGAAAAUCACUCAGAGAUGAUGAAAUCUUACAGAAUCUACCAGUGGGAACCACUGCCACCAUGUAUUUCAAAGAUCUUGGUCCACAAUUAGGCUGGACUAUGGUGUUUCUUGCAGAGUAUAUCGGGCCCCUUCUGAGCUACCUCCUCUUCUAUUUUCGAAUACCCUACAUUUACUCAAACAGAUAUGCACUUAGUUCCAGCCCCCACCCUGUUGUCACACUGGCCUGCGUCUGUCAUACCUUCCACUACACGAAGAGGCUGAUAGAGACAAUCUUUGUGCACCGCUUCUCACAUGGGACCAUGCCUCUCAGGACUAUAGUCAAGAAUUGUGCCUAUUACUGGGGGUUUUCAGCAUGGUUGGCUUACUAUAUCAACCACCCUCUCUAUACGCCUCCAUCAUACGGAGAACUGCAAGUCAACUAUGCACUAAUUCUAUUUGUGAUGUGUGAAAUGGGCAACUUCUCCAUUCACUUGACUCUGAAUAAGCUCAGGGGAGAUGGACCCAAGGGUAGAAGAUUUCCUAUGCCAAAUAAGAACCCCUUCACCUGGCUUUUCUUCUUUGUAUCCUGCCCAAACUACACAUACGAGGUUGGAGCUUGGGUGAGCUUUUCUAUCAUGACCCAGUGUCUGCCAGUGGCAUUUUACACAUUACUGGGGUUUAUUCAGAUGACCAUCUGGGCCAAAGGAAAGCACAGAGCCUACAUCAGGGAAUUCAAGGACUAUCCCAGUCUCCGAGUGGCUAUUAUACCUCUGAUUCUUUGAUAAGGCUUAAAGCAUGAACCUCAUACAAAGAAACAAAGAAGUCUGCUGCUGCUACUAUGCAAUUUUGUCUACAAAUGAAUGAGCCGAACUAGGAGGAAACAGAGCAAUAAUGUGGCUGUUUACGUGUUUAAGGCUUUAAAAAACCUUUAAAGUCAGCAAUAAUAGCAGUGUUUAAUAUCAACAGAAGAUUGGAUUUCUUUCUCAGAGGUUGAUUUAGCAUUGUGAUAAAACUCAGAGUUCCUCCUGUCAUAUUAGCUACGCUUUAACAUUUGGAUUUUCUAUGUUUGAUUCUUUCAGAAUAUUAAGGAGUGUUUGAGAAACCAGCGAGGAGUGCUGACUGCAUAUUGGUUUGUUAGCAUACGUUGUUGCUUUUUAUUACGAGAUGAAAGUUUUCUAGUUACAUGUAAGUGAAAGAAAUUGAGCAUCCUCAUCCUCAUCAUAAAGUGCCUGCGGAAGCAAACGAAGAAAUUUGAAAUGUCACAGCAUCCAUUUAAGAGUGCGACAUCACUUUUAAGCUCUCAGGAGGAACGCUGAUAAAGCAGGUGUUUAAUCACGCUAAAGUUAAGCCCUUCUAAUGCUUAUCUCAGAUAGUUUUCUCCAGAGAAGUGCAAACUGUACUGACGUUAAUGUACAGAGACUUUAUCAGGUAGUCAGUGAUAAGCGCUGCAGU